AUGGGUUCAUUAUCCUGUUAUAACAUUAUCUUAAUGAGUAUAAUUAUGUUGCACUCAUGUUUUGCCAUAGAGGUUUCUUAUGAUUCAAAAGCUCUCAUUAUCAAUGGAGAAAGACGUCUUAUUUUUUCAGGUGCAAUCCAUUAUCCAAGAAGCACCGUGGAGAUGUGGCCUGACCUUAUUCAAAAGGCCAAAGAUGGUGGCCUUGAUGCCAUUGAAACUUAUAUAUUUUGGGAUCGUCACGAACCUGUUCAACGUGAAUAUAAUUUCUCAGGAAAUUUGGAUUUUGUCAAAUUUUUCAAGCUUAUCCAAGAAGCUGGACUAUAUGCCAUUAUGAGGAUUGGUCCUUAUGCAUGUGCGGAAUGGAACUACGGAGGGAUCCCAGUGUGGCUUCACAAUAUUCCUGGGAUUGAGUUAAGGAUAGAUAAUAUGGUUUACCAGAACGAAAUGCAAAUUUUUACGACAAAGAUCGUGAAUGUGGCAAAGGAAGCAAAUUUAUUUGCAUCACAAGGAGGUCCCAUUCUUCUAGCUCAAAUUGAGAAUGAAUAUGGAGAUAUCAUGUGGAAUUACAAAGAUGCAGGGAAGACAUACGUUAAAUGGUGUGCUCAGAUGGCUCUAGCACAAAACAUUGGGGUUCCAUGGAUCAUGUGUCAGCAACCUGAUGCUCCUCAACCUAUCAUCAAUACUUGCAAUGGAUACUAUUGUCAUAAUUUUAAACCCAAUAACCCAAAAAGUCCUAAAAUGUUCACUGAAAACUGGAUUGGUUGGUUCCAAAAAUGGGGUGAAAAGGUUCCCCAUAGAAGUGCUGAAGAUUCAGCUUUCUCAGUUGCACGCUUUUUCCAAAAUGGAGGUGUAUUAAACAACUACUACAUGUACCAUGGAGGAACCAACUUUGGCCGCACAGCAGGUGGACCAUAUAUCACAACAUCUUAUGACUAUGAUGCACCAAUUGACGAGUAUGGGAAUUUGAAUCAACCAAAAUGGGGACAUCUUAAGCAACUUCAUGCAGCAAUUAAAUUGGGUGAAAAUGUUCUUACAAAUUAUACAUCAAUAAAUGAUAAGGAUCUGGGAAAUGGAAUCACACUUACAACAUACUCUAAUUCCAAUGGCGCAAGAUUUUGUUUCCUGAGCAAUAAUGACACUAGCAAAGAUGCAAAUGUUGACUUACAAAAUGAUGGUAAAUACUUUAUUCCUGCCUGGUCCGUCACCAUUCUUAAUGGAUGCAACAAAGAAUUUUCAAUACAGCAAAGGUUAACAGUCAAACCUCAAUAA